CAACCCGGGGAGGACACUGCCUGAUGAUGCCAUUUCUCUUGGGAAUCAGGAAGAAUUAUGGUCUAGAGCUCCCGACGUUAGCCAUGGAAGUAGCACUUUCCCCCAUCAAGCCUCAGGAACUGGAUUCUGUAGCUGCAGAUGCAUCUCCCAUGGUCAUUAACAUGACUCCCACCACCGAGCAAGAUGGCGGAGAAGACGCCACGAAAGAUCUUGAUUCCGGGCAACAGUAUGAAAAGCCCCCUCCCCUUCACACGGGGGCUGACUGGAAAAUCGUUCUCCACUUGCCUGAGAUUGAGACAUGGCUGCGGAUGACAUCAGAAAGGGUCAGGGAUCUGACUUACUCGGUGCAGCAGGACUCGGACAGCAAGCAUGUGGAUGUGCAUUUGGUGCAGCUGAAAGAUAUAUGUGAAGAUAUCUCCGAUCACGUUGAACAAAUCCAUGCUCUUCUGGAGACUGAAUUUUCCCUGAAGCUCUUGUCUUACUCUGUCAACGUGAUUGUUGACAUCCAUACAGUACAACUUCUUUGGCACCAGCUUCGAGUUUCUGUCCUGGUUCUGCGAGAGAGAAUUCUACAGGGACUCCAGGAUGCCAAUGGGAAUUACACCAGGCAGACUGAUAUUCUGCAAGCCUUUUCAGAGGAAACAAAGGAGGACCGCCUUGACUCUUUAACAGAAGUGGAUGACUCAGGACAGCUAACUAUCAAAUGUUCUCAGAAUUACUUGUCUCUGGAUUGUGGAAUUACUGCAUUUGAACUAUCUGACUACAGCCCCAGCGAAGACUUUCUCGGUGCGCUUGGUGACAUGACCUCCGGUCAGGCUAAAGUAAAACCAUUUGAGUCUUGGAGCUGCAGUGAAAUGGAAAAAGAUUUCCCAGAGCUUAUCAGAAGUGUUGGAUUACUGGCAGUAGCAAGUGAUUCGAUUGCUUCCAAAUGCAAUGAAACCAUUAAUGCAAAAGAAAUCCAUUUACCCAUGUCAACAGACCACCAGGAGGAAGGCCAAAGUUACAAACCAUCAUCGACUCUGUCCCCUGAACUUUCACUCUCUCAUAUUUCUGGGAACUUGCCUGUUUGUAAAGUAUCGGGCCCAGAGGAUUCUGCGAACUCACUUGAUGGCGAGACUGUCUGUGAAUUAGUAAAACAGGAGCUCGAUCCAUUACCCUCCGACGGUGCAAAAAGCCAACAGCAUCCUCAUAGCGAAAACUCCACUCCCAAGAGAUCAAUUAGAGACUGCUUUGACUACAACGAGGAUUCUCCUACACAACCCACUGUGCCCAAACGUGGUUUGUUUCUAAAGGAAGACAUAUUUAGGACAGAUAUGGUGAUCAAUGAUAUAAAAAACCAGAUCUCCCUGAUGUUUAAGACUGAAAUGAGCAGGAGCACACCCUCGCUGUUGGAUCCACCAGACAGAUCCAAGCUUUGCCUGGCUUUACAAGCGGCAUACAAAAACUGCCCCUCUUCCAUCAGCCAGUCGUGUGAUUGCUUGCACAACAUAAGUGAUCAGAAUCUCAAGUACACAAUUCAGAACCACCUGAAGGAAAAUUCCAUCGGCCUGGGGAAGCCCAGUGACAACACUAGAAGGGAGAAGUUGAGAUGCAAAAAGUCGCACGACAUUCCCGAGGAGGUGGCAUCCUGCAGGAUAUCGAGGAUUGGGUCAAAUGCUGCAUCGCCGAAUCAUUUGGCUAAAAGAGGCCUCACUGCAUUGCAAAAUGGAAUUCCCUUUGGUAGCUUGCAGUCCAUAGAAGGAACUGAAAGUGAUUCGACCUCUGCGUCUUCUGAUCCUUGUAAACGGCAAGAACUGAAUGGCCAGUAUUGCAGUGAAAGAGAUCACUCUGCUUCACCUGGUCGUAGCCAAGUAAGUGGCUCUUCAGCUGGUUCAGAUUCUGCAGUGUCCUCGUCUCCCGUUCUUCCAAGAAGUCAGGGCAAAAAGGCCCAUUCAUCUUCACCGAGUUACAUCACUACGGACAGCAAAGUUGCUGGUGCCUGGUAUGGUUCCGAUGAAUACUUAGCACUUCCCUCACACCUCAAACAAACUGAAGUGUUAGCUUUGAAAUUAGAAAAUUUGACAAAACUGCUUCCUCAGAAACCUCAAGCAGAGACCAUUCAAAACAUCGACGACUGGGAGCUCUCUGAAAUGAACUCGGACUCUGAGCUUUACCCGACCUAUCAGAUCAAAAAGAAGCACAAAAGGUUGGGCAGAGUUUCACCCAGCUCUUCGAGUGACAUAAUAUCCUCCAUAGGGGACAGCAUUGAAUCGGGGCCUCUUAGUGACAUUCUGUCUGAUGAAGAGCUUUGCACAUCUUCACCAAGCAUCAAAAAAUUCCUGGAAGAGAGGCCGCGAAAGCCACCAGUCACUCAGCCCGCCGAUAAGAAUGACUUGUCUGCCACAAAUAAAUCGGCUUUAAUUCAACAGCUGAUGCAGGAUAUACAAGAUCAGGAUAAUUAUGAAAUUAUAUGGGAAAAAAUGGAGGGAUUUGUAAGCAAGCUAGACGAAUUCAUCCACUGGUUGAAUGAAGCCAUGGAAACGACAGAGAACUGGACUCCUCCUAAAGCAGAGACAGACAGCCUUAAGCUCUACCUGGAAACACACUUGAGUUUUAAGCUGAAUGUAGACAGCCACUGUGCUUUGAAGGAAGCUGUUGUAGAAGAAGGACGCCAACUUCUUGAUCUUAUAGUAUCUCACAAAUCAGGACUGAAGGACAUGCUGCAGAUGAUUGGAAGUCAGUGGAAGGAACUACAGAGGCAAAUCAAACGACAACACAGCUGGAUUCUGAGGGCUCUGGGUAUCAUCAAAGCAGAGAUACUUGCUACUGAUGUGUCUGCAGAGGAUGAGGAAGGGACUGAGAGCCCCAAGGCUGAGGUUCAGCUAUGCUAUCUGGAAGCACAAAGAGAUGCUGUUGAACAGAUGUCCUUAAAGCUGUACAGCGAGCAGUACAACAGCAGUAGCAAGCGAAAGGAAGAGUUUGCGGAUAUGUCAAAAGUUCACACAGUGGGAAGUAAUGGCCUUUUGGACUUUGAUUCAGAAUACCAGGAGCUCUGGGAUUGGCUGAUUGACAUGGAAUCCAUAGUGAUAGACAGCCAUGACCUGAUGAUGUCAGAGGAGCAGCAGCUGCAUCUUUACAAGAGGUACAGUGUAGAAAUGUCAAUCAGACACCCCAAAAAGAUGGAAUUGCUGAGUAAAGUUGAAGCUUUGAAGAGAAGUGGUGUUUUACUACCCGGCGAUCUCCUUGAAAAAGUGGAUUCAAUUAAUGAAAAAUGGGAACUGCUUGGGAAAACCCUAGGAGAGAAGAUGCAAGACACAAUGGUAGGACACAGUGGGCUAGGUGCACGUGACCUGCUUUCGCCUGAAAGCGGGAGCCUGGUAAGGCAGCUGGAGGUCAGGAUCAAAGAGCUGAAAGGGUGGCUGAGAGAUACCGAGCUUUUUAUCUUCAAUUCCUGUCUGAGGCAAGAAAGCGAAGGAACAAUGAAUGCUGAGAAACAACUGCAAUACUUUAAGUCCCUCUGCUGUGAAAUUAAGCAGAGACGCCGAGGCGUGGGCUCAGUGUUGCGUUUGUGCCAGCACCUCCUUAAUGACCAGGAUACCUGUAAUCUCAACGCAGAUCACCAGUCAAUGCAGCUGAUAAUUGUAAAUCUUGAAAGGAGGUGGGAAGCCAUCGUCAUGCAAGCUGUCCAGUGGCAAACUAGACUGCAGAAGAAGUUGGCAAAGCAUUCCGAAUCCCUGAAUGUUAUCGAUCCAAGCUUAAUGGAGCUGAAUGGUACAAAUGAAGAUGCAUUAGAAUGGGAUGAAAUGGAUAUAAGUAAUACGUUGAUUAGCGUUAAUGAGGAAUUCAAUGAGCUUGAUCAAGAACUGAAGCAAGAUGACACAAAACUGAACUCUCCCUAUGAAGCAUGUGGUAAUAAUGACCAUCCCAAACAGGAGGAAAAUCCCACCGUACAUGAAAAUUGCCUCAGCAGCCCAACCAUUACAGCAUCUCCAGGUCCACAAGUCUACCAAGUGUACAGCCUUCACAAUGUAGAGCUAUCAGGGGGAAAUCAUAUAUCUCUAAUGAAAAAGACAUCCAAAUCCUCCACACUUACACACUUGGACACUUUAAAGAAGCAUGUGAAUAAGAACUCUUUGUUGUCACCAACCAAACAUUUGCCAGAACUAAUGGGCAGCACUACUUUGACAAGCCCACAGAAUUAUAUGUACCACAGUGGAAAUGUAAGUAGGCAUUCUGACAGUCAGAAUAAAACAGUCAAUGGAAGUGAGGCAGAAGCUAUCCAAAAUCUUGAUGUCCAUUUGCAAAACGAUACUGAUAGAAAGCAGGAUAAUUCUGUGACUAGCAUUUCACAUUCCCAGUUAGGGAAUAUAGUUGAUGUGAUAAAACAAAAUUUAAAGCAAGAGGAUGGGGAGAUCCAUUUUAAUUUCUUAAAUACUUCCCAGUCAAAGUCCAGCGACAGGGAUAAAAACCUGGGCAGCAUCACUCAACAGGGCUCUGAGGGUUCAGAAGAGUCACAACAAGGAAAACACAAUGUAUUGACAUUUUACGACUAUUCAUACCUUCAGGGUUCCAAAUUCCAGCUACCAAUGAUAAUGAAACAAUCGAACUCAGAAAAAGCACUUAAGCAGGGUAGCUUGCUUCAUGGCUUUUAUUUUGAUAAAGUCCCCUUGAAAUCUGAACAUCAACCUUUAGAGUUCAAGCCAGUUGUAUCUACAGAUGAGAUUGCUUUCUCCACCAACUUGGAUGAUGGAGACCCCAAACGCUGUGAAUUUGUGGAGGAUUUGAAGAAACUGAGCGACCCAACAAAUGCAAAGCUGUGCCCAACUUUAUCUCAUAGCUCUUCUUUAGACUCCCUUUCAGUGGCAAAUGAGUUGUUUGGCUCAACUGUUUUUAGAAGUGGAGAUGGGCUUCAUCGUAGCACAUCCUUGGAGAGUUGUCUAACGCCCUACAAAAGCAAUGAAGAUCUUUUUAGUUGCAAUGGCUCUGGAGACCUAAGUGGAAGUAGUGAUUCAGUGGGGGAACUUAGCAAAAGGACCUUAGACCUUUUGAAUCGUCUAGAAAAUAUCCAGAGCCCUUUAGACCAAAAAAUAAAGCGUAGCAUCUCUGAUAUCACACUCCAAAGCACUUCUCAAAGAAUGUCCUUGGCUGGCCAGUUGUCAUUGGAUAUUGCAUCCUCUAUUAAUGAAGAUUCACCGGCUUCUCUCACUGAGCUAAGCAGCAGUGAUGACUUGUCUUUGUGCUCUGAAGAUAUUGUACUGCACAGAAAUAAAGCACCAGAUUCAAAUGCAUCAUUCAGAAAACACCUCAGUCGGUCGGUAGCUGAUGAGAGCGAUGUCAACGUUAGCAUGAUUGUUAAUGUUUCCUGUACCUCCGCUUGCACUGAUGAUGAAGACGAUAGUGAUUUGCUAUCAAGUUCUACUCUCACCUUGACUGAGGAAGAGCUAGGCAUUAAAGAUGAAGAUGAUGAUUCUAGUAUUGCAACUGAUGAGGAUAUUUAUGAAGACAGCAAUUUAAUUUCAGGACUUGACUACAUAAAGAAUGAACUCUAUACUUGGAUCAGACCAAAAUUUAAUCUGACAAAGGAGAAGAGAAAGUGCAAUCUGGAUGAUGAAAUCCAGGGCUGUAAGAAUUUAAGAAGUAAUGAGACUUUGAAAGCAAAAGAUUCAUUGAACAUUGAAAAAUUCUUGAAUGAUUCCAUACGCAAGCUUUCAAAAAAUAAUGGCAACAGUAAGAACACAUCGGAGAGCCAUGAUGAGUCAGGGACAAAAAGGCAAAUGAAAAAUGAUGGCUUUCAAGUUUCCAAAGAUCACUUUGUGGAUGACAUGGAGAAUGGAAAUGUUACUAUUACUCAAGAAAGUCCAAAGGAAGAACAUAUUCAAAAUUCAACUGCUGCCAUGAAUGUUAGCCCACUUAGUAAAGGAAGUGAAAAUGAAUGUUGUAUAUGUGAAGCAUUUACUGAUAGUUCGGAUGAUUCACAUAUGGAUGGUAAAGAGCCAGCUCAAUUGUCAAAAAUAUCCAGCUCUCAGAAAGAAUAUAAAAAACAUAUUCAAUGUGAAGGCCAUUCUAUUAUAAAACCUUUUACAGAAUUUGACUCGGAUAUGAAAAGUUCAGAUAUGGCAUUACCAAAAUCACUACCAAAUGAUCAACAAAGCAGAACAGGAAUUAGUGAACAUGGUGGAGAUUGCUGUGCAUCUUUAAAAUCAAAUGAAGCAGAAGGAAAUGCAUCAGCUGGCUAUAAUGAUUCAUGUUGUAGCUGUGAAACUGCUGCUUUUGAUAAAAGAAAUGAGGAGGAUUGUUCAGUGCACAACUUUGUGAUGGAGAUAAUUGACAUGGCCUCAACAGCCUUAAAGAACAAGUCUCAGCCUGAAAGUGAACCAGCUGUUCCACAUUCAUUAGCCCAGAUCAGGGAAAAGGUUCUAGAACAUUCUCACAGGCCCAUUCAACUUAGAGAGGGUGAUUUUUAUUCGUACCUCUCACUUUCUUCUCAUGACAGUGACUGUGGGGAGGUAACUAAAUAUGUUGAAGAAAAAACCAGCACUCCAGUCCCUCUAGACUUUGCGGAAAAUAUUGAAUGCUUUUUUGAAGCCUGUCCUGAAGAUGAACGAGUGGAACAGCAGGGAUAUCUUCCUGACAGUGAAGUGGAAGUAAAAUACGAAGCCCUGGAUUUAAUAGAUGAACCUAAAACAUCUGCUGAAUGUAGUGGCUUUUCUUUCUUAAGUGAGGAGAUGGACAUCAGCAUGCCUGGCUCUCUUAGCCAGAUGAUAUCAGAUAAUUUAAGUUAUACUAGUGAAUCUUUGAAUUUGGACCUCCCUGAUGAAUGUACAGUCUUAAAUUCCUUCCCAAAUAACUCUAAAGAAAAUCAACCCCGAGAGCCACUUGGGAUCGCAAAGUCUGAAGAAGGUUUUGCUUCCUCUAUAAAGGCCUCAGCUGAAGCCAUUCAAUUAACGCCUGAUCACUUGAAAGAGAAGGAUGUUUUGCACCAGGACACUAAAACUCUUACAUGUGAAGAAAACCUCCUGCAUCUUCACAAAGAAAGGCACAUAAAUACACAGAGGUAGAAUGUAUUCCUCCAUGGACACACACAUUGUUUCAUAAAGAGGUAGGUACUGAACACUACGAGCUUUGCUUAUUACUGACAUGACUAUAAUGAAGCAGAAAAUGUGUGGCCUUUCAGAGUUUUCGAGUAGAUCAUAGCAUUGUGUCUCUUGAAUUAAAAACCAUUCCAGGCCACUUCUUUUAUGUUUAAGAUACAGAUACAGUCUCAGAUAAACAAGCAUCAGCUGAGAAUGGCAAAUAUGCAUUCAGAUCACUACCUUUAUUUGUCAAGAUUCACAAAAGCAGGAGCUGAUCCCUAGCUGAUCACUUCACAUAUUUCCUUCUCUGUGGAAAGCAGCUAGUUAAAUACUAUUUUCAGCUGAUGUGAGCAGCAUUCAUUUUGUACUUUCUGUGCUCAAAAAAGAAAGAAAGUAAGAACUAGCCCUUGUGUGAUUCAAACUUGUUGGCUGCAUUUCCUCAGAUGUUUGUACUAUGCAAAAUUACCCAAUGAAUCCAAGAGAGAACAGUAGCAAUCUUCUUUCUGCAAUGCAGCAGUUAUCACUGGAAGCAGAUUCAAAAGAGAUGCUAUACUGUCCCACUAUGUUGGGGAAAGGAAGAUGGGAGAGAAACUGGGUGUUACACCUAGUAUAUUAUGGGCUUUCCUCAACAGCCCUUUGCUUCCUAUCUGCUCAGAGACAGCAAAUUAGUCCAGACCAUGAGGGUGGAUAUAGCUGAUCCUGUCUCUGUUGAUGAGGAAGGAAAGUUAAGAGGAGAUGAUCUCCACUUGCUCUCUUGGUUCUAGGUUACCCAACUCACUACAGCCUUCUGUAGGCAUUCAGGAAAAAGGUUUAACACAUUUGCGGUGGGCAGGGGACAGCAAUGAGUGCACUAGGUCCCCACCCUCAUCCCCAUCCCCAUCUGUGAGUUGGAUUGUGGCUGUCUAUAUUGGAGUGUUUCCUGUAAUCUUGGAGGCUUCCUGUGUGGCGUAGAUCACUGUAAAAAGCAAGGUUCCAAAUCACACAGGAAGCCUACAUAAGUGGAAGCACUCUGCAACUCAACAAGUACACUUGUUCCUGUUCUCCGCUCUGCCACACACAUUAGAUUAGCCAGUUUCUUAAAUGCCUGGAGAAAACAUGUAAGACAGGAGAAAGGAAUAACGCAUGUAAAUGCACUAUCUAAAGCUAUUCCUUUCCGGUGAUGGCUAUAUGGGAAUGUAAACUGCCCUACUGAAAUAGAAAAAUUACCCUUCUCUAUUGAAGUACAGGCAGCUUGGAAGAGGAUAGUGGUAUCUUUCACAGGUGCCUGAGAAUGAUGUGAUCCUGCACCCCCAUUGCCCUGAGCUGUAGAAACAGCAGGAGGAUGUCACAGUUAAGGGAGAAGUUUACCAUUACAAUGUUUACCAUUUAUGUGACACGGGAUAUAUACAUACACUCUACCACAGUGGAAUCAAGUAACACCCUGAUCAAAUGCAGAGAGGAAUAUUAAUUUCAUUGGCCUAACUCUGCAAAGGAUUGUGUUGAAAGAGUCUGUGGCAGUUUAAGGACUAGCACCUUUGGGCUACAAUCCUAUACAUGCUUGUUUGGGAAUAAGCCUCAUUUAACUCAACAGGCUUAUUUUUGAGUAGACAUAUGUAAUCUGAUUCUAUUGUUAUUGUGGUUUAAUAUUUCUUGGACUACAAAAACUUAUGUCACAAUAAACAUAAUGAUUUUUGAAGUGCCAUAGGUCUCUGUGAUUCUUUUUUCCCUGCCAAAGACAAACACAGGUUUCUCUUUUUACCAUUUGUUUCUGCAAAGAUAGACAGUCUUUUGAUGAUAAAUCUAUGUUAUAUGCCCUAGUCCAGUUUUGGAGUUCCCUGUGUGGAUUAUUUGCUGGUUCAGGAACUCUGAGCAUAAACUGCAUGUACAUGUAAAGGAGGAUAUUAUCUAUAUGCAUUGCAUUGCUUUCAUUGGGAUACACAUCCUGAUGUGCACCCCCAUUUGAAUUUAGUAUUUUAUAAAUGCCUUUUAAAGUGCAACUUGAGCUGGAUUCUGGGAACAUGUCCACAGAAAAUUGGUAUUUCCAGUGCAACCUCGGUUCCUGUGAACUUAUUUCAUUUCUUGUGCUAUCCAGCAUUGACAAAGUACCAUCCUAUGGGCCCAUUUUUCCACCUCACUAUCUGUGAUCAGAACACUACUAUUUAUUCACACUGUAUUUUAACAACACUUUGUGUAGCGAAAGCAGUUUUGCAGUUUUUACACAAGCACCAUUUGUUCUGGAGAAAUUCCAACAUGGCAACUGCUUGUGAACUCCUGAAAUUAAGCUACUACAGCCAGCUCAACCCCUGAAAACACCCACUUGUGUGAAUUGUGCAAAGACAGCAUAACAUUAACAUUCAAGUGAACUACCGUUGCCCAUUCACCCAGAGUAAGACCCACUGAGUUCAAUGGGGCAUACUCCCAGGUUAGUCUGUAUAGCAAGGGUAGCCAACAUGGUGCCCUCCAGAUAUUGUUGAACUAAAAACCUCAUCAGCCCAAGCCAUCACUGCCAAUGUUCAGGAAUACUUGGAGUCAUAAUCCAACAACACCUGUAGAACACUAAGACUGCCCUUGUGUGUGGGAUUACAGCCUCAAGAUGGCUUUAUGUGUGGAGGUCCAGGUGAAUUUUGCUGGGGCUCAGAGUACUGUUUAUGUUACAGUGAAAGGAAUCUCUCUGCCGAAGGCUCUGGUAUCUGUAUUUUCAAUGGAUUCUAGAAGUCCCUUCCCCCCACUGUAAGAGCUUAGUCGAUACUUUAACUUCAUCUCUCAAGCUAUGGGAAAUGAAUUAGAGGCAAUCUAUCCUAAUUUGUUAACUUAUUCAAAUAACAGUUAUUAUACUUAACUAUGCUAAAGAUUAUCUUUUUGGUGGCAGAUUGUUUAUUUUUUUGAUGAGCCUAAUUACUGAUUUUCCAAAGGUAAUUUACAUUUAUUACUAAUACAUCUCUUAAAAUGUGACAGAUAAAUGUUGUUCCCAUAAGUGUAUUAUGAAAAAAGUUACUAUUUAAAAACACAUUAUUUAAUUUGAAAGAUAAAUGGCAAACACCAUUUUUUUUCCUGGAGCACCUGUGCUGCUAAGCUCAUUAAAAUGUGUGAUUUUAUGUGGAGCUGUGAUACUUAAGAGAAAAAAUUAUCUAUGGUAUAUGUGUACCCUAAAAAUAAACUCAGUUCGCAAAGGUGACAGUAUGCAUAUUUACCAAUGUAGCUCAACUAAUUUCACAUGAUUUUUGCUCCAGCUGCAAGCCAGAAUAAAGCUGUUGUGAGCAAAUCUAUUUUGCCACUGGAUGUAUCUAAGUUGUAAUCUCAUUCUUUUAGCACCGUGCUAUAAAAUUGACCAUUAAGCAAAACUAAUAGCAGCUUUGAA